AUGUCUGGAGUCAAUUCACCGCCACAAGUCCCCUGGACUACUGCCUCUUAUGCUCUCACCGAGAAGCUGCCGCGGGCGAUUGGCUCUUCCUUCUGCGGGUCGCUAGUGGGGGAGGAAAGGCGGUCUACUGACGACUCUCAGCUCCAGGGUGCUCUCAAGUCGAUUUUGAACGUUCUUGACAGCACCCUACAGAUCCCAGCCCCGAUUGGCUCGCUAGCCGGGAACGAUGAUGUGUCUAUUGUGACCGCGGCGUCGAUGAAGGGGCUUACUUACCGGUGGAAACAUUCAUCAUCCCGAUCCAACUCAUAUAUCAGCCCAGUGGAUGUGCACUGUCUCCUGUGUGCGCUGCUUCAAGAUGCGGUGUCAUUAGUGCUGGACCGACUUCUAGUCCAGAAGUCGGAUCGAAAUGAUUUGAACACAGCCACGUUUCGGGAUUUGCGAAACCGCGAACAAGAUUCACUGGCCGACUUCCUCAAACCAUUAGGGAUGACCGUAAACAUUGAACACCAGGUCCAUGACAUUCUGCUCUCAAAGACAAAAUGA